AAGUAGUCCAUGAUUCUAUACCUAACAUAACCUCUACGUAUAACCUCUAUUUUACGAGUAGAUAGGUAGUUGCUUGCUACUUCGUUAAAUUUUUAAAAAAAGGUACUUGUCAUGGGUUUUCAAAUGUUAAUGAUCAGAAAACAUAUUCGGUGUCCAUUUGGUUCCAUUUUUAAAACACUAGAAGCCAUUAGCAAACUAAACAAGCCUAAUUGCAAAUAUAUGUCCAGUUACAAGAAAUACGCCGAUCAUAAGGACUUAAGCAAUAUCAGAAAUAUCGGUAUAUCGGCACACAUUGAUUCCGGAAAGACCACUUUGACCGAACGUAUUUUGUUUUACACUGGACGGAUCGAGGCUAUGCAUGAGGUGAAAGGAAAAGACAAUGUAGGGGCCACUAUGGACUCAAUGGAACUAGAGAAGCAAAGAGGAAUCACAAUUCAAUCAGCAGCUACCUAUACUCUGUGGAAAGAUCAUAAUAUAAAUAUAAUUGAUACUCCAGGUCAUGUUGAUUUUACCGUUGAAGUGGAAAGAGCAUUGAGAGUGUUGGACGGAGCUGUGUUAGUUUUAUGUGCUGUAGGGGGGGUUCAAAGUCAAUCUCUAACAGUAAAUAGGCAAAUGAAAAGGUACAAUGUACCAUGUAUUGCUUUUAUAAAUAAAUUAGAUAGGAUGGGAGCUAGUCCUACAAGAGUACUUUCUCAAAUGAGAUCAAAAAUGAACCAUAAUGCAGCAUUUAUUCAACUACCAAUAGGUCUUGAAGGUGACUGUUCUGGCUUGGUAGAUAUAAUAUCCCAAAAAGCAAUUUAUUUUGAUGGUCAAUUUGGGGAAAUGGUGCGCUAUGAUGAAAUCCCAAAAGAUAUGCAAGUUGAAACAAACGAACGAAGACAUGAGUUAAUAGAGCACCUUUCAAAUGUUGAUGAGCAUAUGGGAGAAAUGUAUUUAGAAGAAAAAUCUAUUUCUGAACAAGACAUUAAAGCGGCAAUCCGCAGAACUUGCUUGAAAAAAACUUUUACUCCUGUUAUGUUAGGGACUGCAUUAAAAAAUAAAGGAGUUCAGCCGCUUUUGGAUGCAGUGUUGGAUUAUUUGCCAAAUCCUGGGGAAGUGACGAAUUAUGCAUUCAAAAAAAUGAGCAAAGGAGAGGAACCUCAAAAAAUUUUACUGGAUCCCAAAAGAAGUAACGAUAAGCCCUUUGUAUCUUUAGCUUUCAAACUAGAGGCUGGACGCUUUGGUCAGCUGACUUACAUGAGGUGUUAUCAAGGAAUGCUGAAGAAGGGGGACACAAUUUACAAUGCGCGCACACAAAGAAAAGUUAGGAUUGCCAGAUUGGUCAGGCUGCAUUCAAACACAAUGGAAGAUGUCAGUGAGGUAUAUGCCGGAGAUAUAUUUGCCGUGUUUGGAGUCGAUUGUGCUAGUGGUGACACGUUUGUGACAGAUCUCAGUGAGGAAAUAUCCCUUGAAUCAAUUUUCGUGCCAGAGCCGGUGGUAUCCAUGGCCAUCAACCCUGUAAACAAUAAAGAUCGAGACAAUUUCUCAAAAGCUAUAGCCAGGUUUACCAAAGAAGAUCCCACAUUUCACUUUCAAUUCGAUUCCGAUAAUAAAGAGACAAUAGUAUCUGGGAUGGGAGAGCUACACCUGGAAAUCUACGCUCAGAGGAUGGAGAGAGAGUACAGUUGCCCUGUGGUUUUGGGUAAACCGAAAGUCGCGUUUAGGGAGACAUUGGUAAGCCCUUGUGAGUUUGACUACCUGCAUAAGAAGCAGUCUGGUGGUCAAGGCCAAUACGCCAGAGUCACGGGAAUUUUAGAACCUCUACCUCCACAUAAAAAUACCAUACUCGAAUUUGUUGAUGAAACUGUGGGCACAAAUGUACCCAAACCAUUUGUGCCUGGAAUUCGGAAGGGCUAUUUAGCAAUGGCCGAAAAGGGAUUGCUGGCAGGCCAGAAAUUGUCCGGUUUGAAAUUUAGAUUGAUAGACGGUGCACAUCACAUUGUUGAUUCUAGCGAACUGGCGUUCUUUUUGGCUGCCCAGGGAGCUAUAAAAGAAGUAUUUGAGAAUGGGGUUUGGCAAAUUCUAGAACCUGUUAUGUCAGUAGAAGUUACUGCACCUGAUGAGUUCCAAGGAACCGUUAUGACACAGUUGAAUAAACGCAAUGGUAUAAUAACAGGAGUAGAGGGAACAGAAGGAUGGUUCACACUAUAUGCAGAAGUACCUUUAAAUGAAAUGUUUGGUUAUGUCGGAGAGUUGCGUUCCAGUACUCAAGGCAAAGGGGAGUACAGCAUGGAAUAUAGCCGGUACACCCCCUGCCUACCCGAAGUACAGGAAAAACUCAUUCUGGAAUACCAAAAAGCAACGGGGCAGAUUCCAGAACAAAAAAAGAAACGAAAUUAAUAAAAUAAAUACCAAUUGAAUUGUAUAUUUAUUGUAUAAUAGUCUUAAUUAUUUUAACUUGUGAUAUUGUUUCAAUAAAGAUUUUUUUUCAAAAUAUCAAA